CACCUCGUAGACAAGAAGACAGCUCGCGCACGACUCACUUGCGAAUAUAAAAUGCAGAUGAAUACGCGAGUCUGGAGCUGGCUGUUAUCUAACGUUAGUUAGGAGGGGAAAACAAGAGCCAUGAAGAAACACCUGAGUCCUGCUAAACAGCAGCAGCAGCAGCAGCAACCACCGGCGGAUGCCCCGGCUCCCGGCGGCGAGGUUAACGUUACCUACCAACAACUCAACGAGCUGCUGACAAACGGCAGCGGGUUCUACAGCUUACCGACACAACACUUCAACGAGGUCUUCCCCCGAAUAUACAUCGGUAACGCGUUCGUAGCCCAGAAUGCAAUGCGUCUGCAAAAACUCGGAGUGACGCACAUCCUCAACGUGGCGGAGGGCACCUCCUUCAUGCAUGUCAACACCAGUGUGGACUUCUACGCCGGCACGGGCAUCACGUACCACGGUAUCCAGGCCAACGACACGGAGCAGUUUAACCUCAGUGCCUUCUUUGAGGAGGGAGCCGAUUUUAUUGACAAGGCCCUCGCACACAAUAAUGGCAAAGGGAAAGUGUACGUACACUGCAGAGAAGGCUACAGCCGCUCCCCUACCAUGGUUGUUGCUUACCUCAUGCUGCGCCACAAAAUGGAUGCCCGGCUGGCGGUGGCCACCGUGAGGCAUAAGAGAGAAAUUGGUCCCAACGACGGCUUCCUUCGCCAACUGUGCCAACUUAACGAGAAGCUGGCAAAGGAGGGCAAGCUGAACGGGGAGGUGGGCAAACUAAAGACCAAAUGAAAGCAGGACAGACCCUCUGCCCUGUCUCCUCCCAUCAUGCCUUUCACAGGCGUUCAGCUGCUCUCGGACCCCGCCUUGACCAAACCAGCACCCAUCUGACACACCAAGGGGUAUUCUGAAACACAAACAUACAUGCAUUUAUCUGUGUAGAUGAUUAUUCCUCAUGCACACACACAAUCUCACACAUUUUCGUUUAUAAAUCUUCAGUUCAGGUCUGCCACUGCUGCUCCUAAAGAGGACGUGUGUCAGUCCGCUGCCUGCUCCCACAAAGAGUGUGAUCUCACAUACUACCCCCUUUUUUAAACUCCACACAGAUGUGCAGACGUUUCGCUGCUAGCGCCCGGAAGCAGUACCUUAAAGCAUUCCUUCAAUCCUCCGCAAGUUGAGAAGGUGAAAACUUUGCCCUGAUUUUUAAGAUUUUCCUUGAAUAGAAGAUUAUAGCACAAUCAUUCCAUAGUUUUCCACUGCCGGGAAUAUCAGUGAUGUCUCCGCCAGCAGGACGACUCUAUAAAUCCCAUAUGAACUCUUAGAUAUUAAAAAGCCGAACGGCCACACAUGAUGCAGACAAAAUAUGCGAUAUGUGAAUGGAUAGAGGAAAAUCACAAAACAUUCCAUGAAAACGGAACAAACAAAAAAAGGUUUUGUUGGCCCUCUUGAUCCUGAAAUUCUCUUCUACCUUUUAGGGGCAGAUAUUUAAUGCACAAACACAAAUGAUUCACACUCUAAUGCAAGCUGUAGCUCUGUUGUAGCAUUUCAGUCGGCAUCCUCGACUCUCUCAGGCCUCUAGUUUGACAGCGGUAGCAGGAACAGCGACAGCAAAGGUCGAGCUAAUUAAAAAUAACGGGUUGUUCAUGUAGCAGGACAUAUUUAGCUGCUGAUUUGACGAAUGUUCAUUAUAGCUAAAUGUGACGUUAUUUCGGUUUGUCAUUGAGCUCAAUCAGCCUGCAGUACCAUAUCUGAGAGCAACUUUGGACUGAAAAUCCUCUUAAAACAAACCUUCAAAUGAGCUAAUAUACAGGAUUUAAUUUCCAAAGUGGGGUAUUUACUAAUUAAAUUUCCUCCUGCAUUGAAAAUAAUAAGAGUGGCAGUCUUUUGAAGUUAUUAUAAUUCUCAAUUAUUUUACUCACCAACUUUCAUUAUCUGGAGAAAAGAAGAGGUUGAUAAAUACACUAAACACAAUCUGCUGGUUCGGUUUGUGUGUUAGAGGCAAGUGUUAUACUAGUGGGAAACACUUUUAAUAAGCACUGUAACAAUUUUCCAGAGCUUAGUUAGUUAAGGGACUGAACAAACGUACGGCUUGUCUACACAGUGGGCGCUUUUCAGACAGAACAGAUAUAAUCCUAUUUUAAUCAGCCCAGCUGUCUACACAGGCCACGUAGCGGCUUGGGCUCCACUUAUGCUUUACAGUGUGUUUUUAAAUUCAUAGUUUUACACGUGUAACUACAUUGAUUGUGUUUUGGGCUCUGAACGCUGCCAAAACGCAGAUGACCUAUGCUCUGAACUAGGGGUGUGACGAGACACUCAGCUCACGACAACAAGGCGAGACUUCAACACUAUUUUAGAGAAAACUUCAAUUAAGAAAUAUGACUGAAAAACUAGUCUUUACUCAGAGAACCAAGGUUCCGACGUAACCAAGUGUUUCAUUGCAGCGGUACACAAGGAAGUAGGCUGCUCUUGUAUUGAUAUAUGGCCAUUUUAAGACGAGGGGAGAACAUUUCUCUUUGUUUAAUAUCAUUAAAAGUAAAGUUAGGUUUCCCUUUCUGCUUCCGACUCAUUUAAAAAAAGACAGAGAAAGAGAGCGAUCUGCACGAGUCAGCGCCACACUCAACUGCACACUGCAGUCCGUGUGUGUGUGUGUGUGUGUGUGUGUGUGU